GGCCCGGAAAAGCCUUCUUGUCCCCCCCCCCACCCAUUUUAUCUAUUUACACGAAUAAACGCAGAGAAGGGGGAGGGGAAGCUUUAUUUAUAAAAACGACAAUAGGGAGCCCGGCGAGGCCCCCAAGAAGCAAAGCUCAAGUCUCUUGCUUUCUUCCUUUAAAAAAAAAGAAAAGAAAAGAAAAGAAAAAGAAGAAGGAAGAAAGAAAAAGACAGAAAGAGAAAUAGGAGGAGGCUGCACUCCUCCUUUUCAGCUUUGGCGAAGAUGGAUCCACGUUUCAUCUUUAAUCACGCCAGGCCCAGGCCCAUCUGUCUUGUUUACUCUGCUGAGGAGAGGACGGAGAGGACGGGCCUCGGUGGCGACCAUUACCUCGACACCCAGCUAACAAAUGAGGCCCGGCCCGGCUGCCGCCGCCUCUGCUGCUGCCGCUGCUGGAAGACAACCUGGAUUUUCUUUCUUUGUCCCCCCUUCCUGACACCCAGCGAAAGCACCCUCUGAUUGCCAGAUAGCGCAGUGUUUUAACCACGGUAACACACACAUACAACCUCCUCCCCCUCCGUGACCCUUCUCGGGGGACACUGACUGCUCGCGACCCCUUCCGCUGCGGGGCUGGGAUGGGGGGCAGCAGGAAGGGGCCGAGUGGAGGCGCAGGGAAGUUGAGUCCAAGCAAAAAAAGAGAGAGACUUGAAGACCUGGGAGUGCCUUCCUCUGGAAGGUCAAGCCAUUCCUGGCAGGGAGAGGGGCCACUUGAGUUCUGAGAGCUGGGCACAACCCUCUCGCCCAGCUAGAGCUGUACAGAGACGUGCUCUCCUAGACUGAAAUUGAAUGUGAAACUAGGACAUAAAUCGGUGUGCCCCUCCCGGUCUGGGAGAGGAUGUUGCAGAGACCUCUCCCAUAGUUUAUCAUUGUUGCAUUGAUUAUUAUUAAUUAUUAUUAUUAUUAUUUUAUGUCAUGUGUGUCCUCUCUCCUACUUCUUGUCCUGACAUUCCAAACCAGGCCUCCUUCCUAGUUCUGGGGGGAGGGGGGGACGCCUGAGCCUAGAACUCUAAGUUGGAGUGAAAAUUUGUGUCCUGUACAGAGUGACAAUAGAAAUAAAUGUUUGGUUUCUUGUGACCAGCACGGCGUGUUUUUGUUGAAGCCUUGAUAUAAAGAUCGGGACAAAUGCCACCUAGUCUCUAUCUUAAGCGCCCCAGUUCAUCCGGACUCACAUUGUAUGUGGUUGAUGAUUUUUGGGGUCAGAGUCUGGGGAAUUUCUGUCUCUGAGGACUCCAAACUGUAGUAGCUGGUUUGUUUUUCUUUUGGGGUGGGUGUGUUCUGUUUGGGGCUUUAAAUUUUUCCCGUCCAGUCCAAAAAAAAAAAAAUGUAUGGAGAGGACUGGGAGGGCUGACUCCAAUCCCUAAUGGGGGGAAAAUGUUUCAUUGUAGGACACAAGAGGCUUAAGUACAGCAAAGCCUUUCAUAUCAUGAUUUAUUUGUCAUAAGCAAAUAAAAUGCGGUUAAGCUGUCUCCUUCUAGACAGACGGCUCUGUGCUUAUUAAAGUUCCGCGAGAGGAUUCUGCGAGGCCGGCCUCUUUCCUCCCGCGGAAGAAGCAAAUCUCCGCAGACCGGCUGUUGGGGGAAAAAAGUGUUAGCCGUCUCUCCCAGAUCUGCGAGGGGGAAAAAUUUUGGAACCGUAAAGUUGAAAACUUUUUUCUCUUCAGUUUCGAAGAAGCCCUUCGUCAUGAAUGGGAUGCGAGGAGUUCAGGCGAAAGGAGGCGAGAGGCGCAAAGGAGGGGAGAUUUCUCGCCUGCCGCUCGCGCUGGGGCUCGAUGUGAAUAUAUAUUAUGUCUGCCUGUUCUCCCCUCGUCGGUGGCUAAGGUCAGCGGCUUGGAACAGACCCCGGGAGGAGGGGGGCAGAAAGGGUAGGGGGGGUCCGGCGCCUCACGUGACCCCCGGGGGUGCCAAUGUCUGGUCCUGAGGGUAUCAGGCCCUUGCAAGUUGCCACCCACUGCCCGGGUUUCGCCCAGCGAUGCAGAAAGCCACCUACUACGACAACACCGCGGCUGCACUCUUCGGAGGCUACUCCUCAUACCCUGGCAGUAAUGGCUUCGGCUACGACGGUGCCCCCCAACCCCCCUUCCAGGCCGCCACGCACCUGGAGGGCGACUACCAGCGCUCAGCAUGCUCGCUGCAGUCCCUGGGCAACGCCGCCCCGCAUGCUAAGGGCAAGGAGCUCAACGGCAGCUGCAUGAGGCCUGGCCUGGCCCCUGAGCCCCUGUCCGCCCCGCCCGGCUCACCCCCGCCCAGCGCAGCACCUACCAGUACCACUAGCAACAGCAGCAAUGGGGGCGGGUCCGGCAAAAGCGGCCCCCCCAAAUGUGGUCCUGGCUCCAACUCCACCCUCACCAAACAGAUAUUCCCCUGGAUGAAAGAGUCGAGGCAGACGUCCAAGCUGAAAAACAGCUCCCCCGGCACAGCGGAGGGCUGCGGUGGCGGCGGAGGAGGAGGCAGUGGUGGCGGGGGCGGUAGCAGCGGGGGAGGGGACAAGAGCCCCCCGGGGUCUGCGGCGUCCAAGCGGGCGCGGACGGCAUACACGAGCGCGCAGCUGGUGGAGCUGGAAAAGGAGUUUCACUUCAAUCGCUACCUGUGCCGGCCGCGCCGCGUGGAGAUGGCCAACCUGCUGAACCUCAGCGAGCGGCAGAUCAAGAUAUGGUUCCAGAACCGGCGCAUGAAGUACAAGAAAGACCAGAAAGCCAAGGGCCUGGCCUCUUCGUCUGGGGGCCCCUCCCCUGCCGGCAGCCCCCCGCAGCCCAUGCAGUCCACGGCCGGCUUCAUGAACGCCUUACACUCCAUGACCCCGAGCUAUGAGAGCCCGUCCCCUCCCACCUUCGGCAAAGCCCACCAGAAUGCCUACGCGUUGUCCUCCAACUACCAGCCCCCUCUCAAAGGCUGCGGCGCCCCACAGAAGUACCCCCAGACGCCGGCGCCCGAUUACGAGCCCCACGUCCUCCAAGCCAACGGGGGCGCCUACGGGACGCCCACUAUGCAGGGCAGCCCGGUGUACGUGGGCGGGGGCGGAUAUGCGGAUCCGCUGCCGCCCCCUGCCGGCCCCUCCCUCUAUGGCCUCAACCAUCUUUCCCACCACCCCUCGGGGAACCUGGACUACAACGGGGCGCCCCCUAUGGCCCCCAGCCAGCACCACGGACCCUGCGACCCCCACCCCACCUACACAGACCUCUCCUCUCACCACGCGCCUCCUCCUCAGGGUAGAAUCCAAGAAGCGCCCAAGUUAACACACCUGUAAUGGGAGAGGGAGGGCGGAGGGGUGAGGUCAAGGGGACAGCCUAGAGGCGCAGCCUGGAGGGCUGCAGGAGGAGGCAGGGAAGUGGUAGCCAGGCUUCCUGGGAAGAACAGGCCUGGAGCGCCUUCCCCUCCUGGCCUGAAAGGUUGCUUUUUAAAAUCCUCCAGCUCUUGUUCCAUUUGCCUGCCAACCCACUGGAAAGGAGUCCACAGCAGAUUGACGAUGACCCCAUCAACCUUAGGCCUCCAGCAAUACCCAGUUGGAAUUCCACGCUUGGGAGUGGGGUAGAGGAAGGAGAAAGAAAAACAAGGCAGAGAAGCACACUUUAAAAAAACAGACAAGAUGGCUAGGCCAUCACCAACCAACCAACUUACCUUCCGUCUCUGUGGGUAAUUCCCCCAAAUCUUGUUGGGUUUUUUUUCCCCCUUGCAAUUCUCCUUUAAAAAGAAUUAGGAAACAUUUCAAAACCAGGGGCACUAAGCACGCUCCCCUCCCACUUCCCUGAAGCCUCGAAUUUCCUCGCAUCUAUCUGAGAUGAAUUGGGCACUCCUUUCCAGCCCCAUAUUUUUCUGCUCCAGGACAUGAAUACCCAUACCCCGCCCCCAUCAAUGACAGUUUUCAGAGGGCUCAGGGAUGGUGAGAGAUCUUGAAAGUCAGAGCUGUCUAUAUUAUAAAUAUAUAUAUAUUUUUUCUUUUAUGGAAAAGCUGGGAGGUGAGGGCAGGCAAAUUGUCAGGACUGCAGGUUUGCCCUUUCUGCUGCCUCCCACUCAGCUCCAGGUCCAUCCCGCUCCUUCCACAGAAAGCAAUCGGAGACACGAGGUUCUUCUACACUUUUCUUUUCUUCUGUUGCUCUCUUGACUUAACGUGAAAACAGGGUAUAUUUUAACAAACUGUCUGUCCCAGGCAGGGGCUGCAGCUGGGCCUGUAUGCUGUGCGUAGCCCUCUGACAGGACACUUUUGUUGCACUUAGAGUUUACAUUUUAAUGGAUAUAAAAACAACUGUGAGAGAUGCCUGGGCCUGCAGGAGUCCAGCAUCGCUCAAAAAGUGUGUGUUCUAGUGAACAUUUUCAUAUAUAUUUAUUGGUCAUAGCCUGUUAAAAUAUUUUCUUUUUUUUUUGUAUUAUUUAUCCCCUUACAUUAUGUAUUUAUAUGAGGGAAAAAAAGGAAAAAAAACUGUACUUUUUUUUUUUAGUAUUUACUUGUUAUAAAGGACGUGUUUCCUGUCAUGUAAAACCAGCUAUUUUAGUUAUUAUUGUACUCUAGAAAAGAGCUGUAGGUUUAUGUUACACUCGUACUUAUGAGCAAUUGUAAUUAGUUCUAAAAGGCAUGAACUCAGCUCCUAAUUGUCACUGUAUAGUCCUGAAUUUGUAGAAUUAGAGUUAAUUCCCUCUUGGAACUUUCUUUGUUCUUCCGUAGUUACUUUUUUCCUUACUUAAAAGGGUUGUCUGUCAAACAAUUCUUGAAUAAACUUUCUGUUAUCAAUUU